GUCGAGUUCAAGAAGUUAAUGUAACCCAAAUGAAUGAAUGCAACAGGUUUGGCCUUGAAAAAUGUCUGGAGCCCCCUUACAUGAAAUUCCCGAAAUUGGCUUCAAAAACUAUGAAAGUGAGCCAGCCACAGGGCGUUCACCUAACACGAGGUGUGAGGUUUGGUUUGUGAUAAGGGCUCGACUUGGGCAAAUACGGAUAAGGCAACAUUGCUACAAUGAAUGGGUGAACAAUUACGGUUUUUCCCAUUUCAACAAUUGGAAGCUUAUCAGCAUUCAACGACUUUUUUAUAGCUUAUUUCACCAUUCCUUGGCUGCCGGAGAAAUUGCGAUAAAAUGAUUACAAGUCCAAUUUUUUUUGUUGGAAACAAAUUUAUUGUCUUUAAAAAUCGAUGAAGACGGCAAUAAAAUUAAUUUUUGCAUAAUUUCCGGUAAUUUUAUUAUUUCACUCCAUUCCCAUCCAUUUUUAACGACUUCCACUGGCACGUAUUGAAUAAAAAUUGCGGUUUUAAGCCGGACACCCAGGACGUUAGUCACCGACAUCUCUAUCAGUUUCUUCUAAAUCUUGCGGUGUUCUUAUUCCGUUCCGACGUCAGUGAUAAAGUUCGUUUGUCUCUCAGCAAGUGCAUAAAGCAACAUUUACGACAUCCCAAUUAAAAAUUAAAUGAGCCAAGAGUAAUUGACCUCAGCGCGUUUAAAGACAAUCUUUAAUUAGAAAAAAGCAGUUUCUGUAAUUGCUCUGUUAGUCAUGAAGAAUGUGUCACACACAUGUACAACAAUUAAUCAUUUGGGGCUUUCACCUGUAUGUUAAAAUCACCUUGGCAACGAUUGAUCAAACUUGAAAGAUGUCGCAAACUGACGAAGGUCUCGAAGAUCUUCCUGAAGAUGAGGAGGAAUACGAGGAAGAAGAGGAGGAAGAGGAGGACCAUUGGAGCAUUUACGAUGCUAGUACGUUUAUUUCCGGACCGUAUCAAAGCGAGAAAUGUACAAUCAACGAGGGUGUUUUAAAAUUCGAUUUUUCGUUUGGUUACAACUGUCGCAAAUACUUUAAUCUCACUGCACCCGACCCCGACACUCUGAUUUUCGCCUCGGGAAAUUUCAUCAAUUUUUUCGACGUACUCACGAAAACCAUUUCCUUCCGGCGGAGCGCCUUAGGAGGGGGAAUCGCACAUAUUAAGGCGAAUCCCAACCCGGAAUUUAACCACGUUGCGAUAGCAGAGAACGGCAAAAUCCCCUUGAUUAUCAUCUACGAGUGGCCUUCGAUGGAGAUCAACUGUGUGCUAAAAGGGGGCUCCUCAAGGCUUUACUCCCAUUUAGAUUUCAGUCCCGACGGACUAUUACUGGUCUCCCAAGGCGGAGAACCCGACUAUUUGAUAACAAUCUGGAACUGGCCGAAACGUAGGAUCCUACUGAGGACCAAAUCCUACGUCAACGACGUCCAUAGGGUGAAAUUCUCGCCCUACUGUCCCGGCCAACUGACUAGUUGUGGCAUCUCCCACAUUAAAUUCUGGAAAAUGGCCCGGACUUUCACCGGACUUAAACUCAAAGGUGAAUUGGGGCGGUUUGGCAAGACUGAAUUUUCGGACAUUUUGGGGGUACUACCAAUGCCGGACGAAAAAGUCGUGUCUGGUUGUUCCUGGGGCAAUAUUUUGGUCUGGGACGCUGGAUUAAUUAAAUUGGAGGUGUUUCGCACCUUAAGGAGGAAGUGUCACGAUGGUCCCAUCGUCCAAAUUUCGUACAAUGAGGGCGAAUUGAUGACUGUGGGAAUGGAUGGGCAUGUCAAAGUCUGGUGGUACGAAAAAAUCGACCAAGCCGACCCUCCAGACGAUGACAGAGUCAUUCAAAUUGAACCGACUUAUGAUUUUCACACCGAGGGGCUUAUGUUGAUGUGUAUGCGAAAAAGGUACCCCGACCCCAAAGACACGAGUUAUUUUGGUCAAGACGGCAAUGGGGGUUUAUGGAUUAUAGACCUGAAUACUGAAGAAACACCGAAAGAAUCGGUCCAGUUGUACAAAUGUCACGCUGGUAAAGUCGUGGCAAUUGCCACAAGUCCCAAUGGGCCUUAUUUGGCCAGUUUGGGCGAAGAUGGGCGCAUUUAUGUCUACGCUUAUUUGGAGAAAAGGCUCAUUUUUAACUAUCAGUACCCGGCGAAAGGUACUUGCAUGAUCUGGGUUCCACCAAAGCUUGCCAUCUACGGUGACGAACUAUUGAUGGGUUUCGACGAUGGUACCUUGAGAUUGUCAAUUUUGACAAUAAAUGAAGAUAAAAAGGAAGUCAGGGUCAUACAAACGACCAAACCGCACGACAAACCCAUCACCCAGAUUAGCAUCAACCCGUCGAAUAGUGUUCUAGUGAGCGGUGGCGAAGACUCGACUAUAUUUUUCUUCCAGAUCAAAUUUACCAUUCAUGUCGAGUUGGUACCCAUUGGGUACAUUCGGGUACCAAACCCUGUGACAUGUUUGACCUGGCAUUGUGUCAAUCCCUACGUAAUUCUCGUUGGCUGUCUCCGAGGCGAAAUGGUGCAAGUUGAGGUACCGAAAGAACCACAACCGUACACCACUGUCUCGUAUUUGCUCGAUUUGGAGCCGAAAACGAACAAAUUCAAGACGUACAAAGCGCAGAUUCGGCGAGAUCUCAAACUGAAGGAGAUCGAGGAACGUAAGGCGGAGAAAGUCGCCAAGAAAAGGGUGGAAAUGGAGAAAUUGAAAGCGGAAAAUCCGGGUUUAGACAUCGACGAGGAAGUUUUUCUCGCCGAUUCGGAGACCGAAGAAGAACUGGAACCUUUGUACAUUCCCGAGAUUCCGAAUCGGGUUAUUUGGAUGCAAAGCACCCAAGACGAUGUCCUUUGGUUGUCGAUGGGUGGCUACGACGCUGGUUAUAUUUACGAGUAUAAAAUUGAGCAAAAAUCAGAUGUGCCCUAUUUUUUUAAAAUGGUGGACGAAGCUGACGAUACUGAGAUUAGUAGUUUUGUUUACAAUUACAAUCGUAAAUAUUUAAUUUUCGCCAUGGAAAAUGGGGAAAUUCGGGUGAAUAAAAUCAAAGAUGGGGAUUAUCAUGACCUUUCCGAUUAUUGGUCCUUGGCCAUGCAUGAUAAUCAGAACGGUUUCGUCCCGAAUAUGUGUUUCAGUUACGACGAAAAAUUUUUUUUCACGUGCGGACACGAUGGGAAUGUUUUUUCCUACACUUUUCAACCGGAUGAUGAUGAUUAUAUUCCACCAGAGGAUUAUCCGAUUGUUGAGGAACGAACCUCGUUUCCGAAUAGUGUACCAGACGAAGCAAAUUACGAUAAAUUAAGCCUGGAACAGGCCAGUUUGAAGAAAGAACAAGACCGAAUUGAUAGACUUGCGGCCAAACACCGGGAAAUCUAUCGGGAAAAAUUGCGUAAACUUCGUGAGAGAUUUUUCAAACUUUUGAAACGCAACAAAAAGCUUCUCCCAAGUCAGAUGAUUCCAGUUGAAGAUUUAGAAGUUGAUAAGCGUGUAACCGAUUAUCUCGAUUACAAAUUGGAGGAAGAACAGGCUUUAGUUAAGCGGAAGUUGGCGUUCGAUGUACAAAAAUCCGAACUGCGGAUGAACAAACUACGGAAUUAUUUCAUCGAUAAUUUGUGUUUUAUUCCGUUGAUUGUGAGCGGCCUCCGGAGCGAAAGACUGGUCCGAAUGUUACGUCAGAGAAAAGUUUCGCCACUCAAUGACCAAAUGUUACAAAUUGUUGAUGAAAAAAUCCUCGAAGAGGAGGUCAAAGGCAGGACAGUUAGGGAAAUAGAUAAACCCCCCGAACGUGCACCCCCUGCUCCCAAAACCAUCCAACCGAAAAAAGUCAAAGAACAAGGUCUUGAAUAUUUCCUCGUCAAUCUCGAUCCAAAAAUAUUGGAAAGUCAAAAACAUAAUAAACUCACACGUCUUCUAAACAAGUACAGAGACAGGAAACUCAAAUGGGAACGACGCGAAGAAGAGUGGGAAGAAUUUCUUGCUAGAAAGCCCCUGCCGGGGGUGAAUCACCCCGACGAUGAUGUUGCGUUAAAAGACGCCAAAGUCACAAUCGGCAAUUACAAGCUGAAAUCGGAUAUAACAUACAAGGCGUCCAAAAAUCAGCGAGAAACAACAGUAAAAAAAUACAAAGAGCUGCUUUUGUCGCGAGUUAAGCAAUCAAACACCAGGCACAAUUUUAAUGAAAAAGUCUGGGCUUUGCGCGAGGAAAAAAUCGCGAUUAGGGAUGAACUACAAGUGUUGAACGAGAAAUUGGACGAAAUACAUAAAGAAAUUCCGGAUGAUUGUCGAAAAGAAGCUCCGAUUGUUCGAGAACCGGAGGACUGCGAAUUUCCCGAAAGGCAUUUUGAAAUUACCGUGACUAUGGUAAUGGAAGAGGAGGAAUAUGAUGAAGGGAGUAGGAAAGAACCGGUAAUUGUGACCGAAUCGAAAGAUUUCGAUGCAAUUGAAAAACAUGUUUUGCCGAAAAAUACCAAAAAAUUUGACGCGAAAGAAUGCGAUGUUGCACUGCUUGAUUUCGAAUCAUUGUGUAGUUUUUCCAAAAACGAGAAAAAAGACACUUUGUGGGAACACGAUAUUCGCACGCGGAGACUUCAAAGGAAGCUUUUCGAGCAAGACGUGAUUAUUGAUGAAAUGAACCGAAAAAUCACCGAUUUUGAUGAUAAAGUCGAAAAGUUGAACACUGAAAGAUUCCAAGCCGAGGUGGACGCAAAAAUCAUUGAUAUUUUUAUGGUGACAGUGCACCAAGAACUGCUCAUUCUGAAGGAAUUUGAAGCUUUGGAGUACACACUUCAGUCGAAAGUUAAUCAGAAAAUGUCCGAAGUUUUAGAUAUGAGAGACAUUAUCGACGAGAUCAGCUCGAAAAUCGUCGAACAUAAUUCCGACAUCGAGAAGGCACAAGAGAAGAUUAAAUCGAUAACAGUCAGUUUCACAAAUGCGGUUCAAGAUAACAAGUUUUUUGAUUUUUUGAGGAAAGUGUUUCGGAAAAAAUACAAACCGCCAAAAGUGCACAAGGAUGAUGAAUCGAGCUCCGAAUCAUCAUCAUCGUCAACGUCAUCGACGGAAUCUGACGAUGAUGGCAAAAGUAUCGACUCGCGGGAUUUCGGGAUUAUAAAACAGGACUUGAACGUUUGUCCUAAAGGGUGUGACCCUAGCGUUUACGAAUAUACGAUCAAUUCGCGUUCGGAGAGACAUCAAGUCGAACUUUUGAUCAAAGAAGUAUUAAAAAUGAUUGAAGUGUUGAAAAAGGACCUGGAAAUACACAACAAGAAAGUGAAAGUGAUUGAAAAAGACUUGCAAACGUGUCAAGACGAACUGGAAAAGUAUCAAAGACAGAAACAGGAUAAAUUGAACGAAGUCCGGACUACCGUUAUCUUGCGUUUGGAUCAAAUGAAACAUUUGGCAGAGGAAUACAAAACUAGCGGGAUUAUGGACACUCUUAUCUUUUCCAAAGAGCGUCUCUCCUAUCUCUAUAAACGAGUUGAAGAGUUGCAAAUUGAAACUGAACACCAAGUGAGCCGACACAGACUCAAUGUCAAGCACUACACUCGCAUGCAAACCGAUUGCCGAUACAUGGCAACAAGAAUAAAAUACUUGCAGGAAGUAAUCACCGAUAAAAUGAAAAUGAAAUUUGGUAAAGUGAUCGAUAUUAACGAAAUUGAAGUAGCUAUGCUUAAACGCACUUUUGGGCGAGACGAUUUACACGAUUUGGAAGAAGUCCUCUUGAAGAAAAUCGUCCAUGAUUUGCGCUUAUCCAUGAUGGAUAUUAAGGGCUUGUACAUUGAUCAGUUGCAUUUUUGGAAGGAAAAAAUCUCGCAAACUCAGAAGGAACUGACUUAUGUUUUACGCCACAAUACGUCUCAGCAAGAACUGUUGACUUAUUUGGUGAAUGAGAAAGUUGAGUUGGCUCAGAGUCUGAUGAGUCAAGAGAAGAAGAAACUACACAUUGCCAGUGUUGGUGACAUUACGCGAAGAUACAGCGAAGAAAUCGAAAAAUUGCAAGCGAUUAUUUCGGAACAAAACCAACAAAUCCAAGAAUUGAAGGACGAAAUUAAAUUAUUGAGGACCAAAGGAAUGGUCCUCAAGCCGAAAGAAGUGAAGAAGGAAGAACCGGAAGAAGAGCCAGUGGCUUGGGAGCAUAUCAAGGACUGGGGAGAGGAAAUUGAGGAAGAGGAGGAGGAAAGUUUAAGGAAACCGUUCUCGACGGAAAUUGUGAUCCCAACAACUUUGCAAGAGAAAUCGCAAGAGGUCGCUACUGAACUGAUCCAAGAAAUGCUUGAAGCGCUAGACGUGAAACUGACGAAACGAUCGAAUGAGAAUUUCGUUAAGGAGAUUUUGGGGUCGGUAAUGCGUGGCUUAAGUAUGACGGAACUUGUCGAAGAGUUGGUCCGGAACUUGCCGAUUGAACCCGAUGAUGUUCAAAGGGGUAUUAUUGAGACUACAGCCGAGCAAUUGUACGUGGUCCAAGAACCAGAUGCUGAAGCUGAAGAUAAAUUCUUUUCUUGUCGGGAAAUUCUCGAAGAUAUCGUUGAUGAAAUUCUACUAGUUAAAGGGGAGCCGCAUUCGGUUAUGGCCCGACUCAUUACGAAACUAGUCGAGCAAUUACCGAUUGAUUUUCUCAAAGAGCAGUCUAGUUUGGAAUAUAUUGUUAAAAGAAUGGUAACAAGCGAAUUAGAAACCAAGUUGAACCGUUCCGAUGUUAUGAGCUUGUUACGGAGCAAGGAAGCACGGGAAAUUUUGGAUGAAAUAAUUCAAACUGUUUUCGAUUCGGGUCUUGAUUUAUUGUAUUUGAUUAAAGACGAAUAAAAAUUCUAUAAAAAUAGACAAUGCGUAACGGGUUUAUUUAUCAUUGGCGAGGAGCGACAAGUAUUGAUUGAGGAACAGUUCUUCCUGAACCAAAGUCAGAUCUAAAUGGUCAUCAUCCACCAUGGAAAUAUCACCAGCUAUGCGCUUGAACGCCUCGUCCUUUUUUUCUUUUUUUGCCACAUCAACUACUUGCGAGCUCGAAUCUGAUUAAAUAAGUACAUGAUAUGGUGCAAAAAAAUUAUUUACCAGCUUUCAAAAUGGACCAAUCCCCAUCGAUAAUCCCGUUAUUGGCCAAUAAAUCCUCAGCUGCUUUCAUAAUAUCACCACCAUGUUUGUGCAACGCUAACUUGGACAUGGUCGGAUCAAACCCUGCCGCUUCCAACUGUUUACGUUUAGUCUGCGGUCCGCCUAACUACAACUUACCUCCGGCACUAGAUCAUUAAUCAAUGCCAAAAAUUCAAUACUCUUGCUCUGACUGGGACCAGGCUGUGGGUGCUCUUGAAUAUACUGAAUACUAUCCGAAAUGACAUUAUUGGUGUGUUUCAAGGCAAUGCGCGCCGCCUCCUUGUUAAACCCCAUAUUGACUAGAAUUUUAACAAAGUUGGGGUCCACGUAUUGUUUACCGUCAAUACAUUUCCCCAACUUCAUUCUUUUUCUAAAAUACGUGUAACAGUAAUUUUUGUAACGGACAGUUAACAACACCUUUGCAAAAUUUCCUCAGCCAAGGCUUUCUGUCUA